AUGUACGGGAAGUGGUAUGACAUCGCCGUCGGCACGACCUGCAAAUGGAUGAAGAACUACAAGGAGAAGUUCAGCAUGGGCACGCUGGUGCUGGGCCCCGGCCCCAGCGCCGACCAGAUCAGCACUGCCAGCACCAGGCUGCGGCAAGGUGACUGCACGAUCAUCUCAGGAGAGUACGAGAAAACCAGCACCCCCGGCAAAUACACCUACUACAACCCCAAAUGGGACGUGUCUAUCCGGUCCUAUGUGCUCCGCACCAACUAUGAGGAAUACGCUGUCAUUCUGAUGAAGAAGAAAAGCAGCUUUGGCCCAAGCACCACCCUGAAGCUGUACGGGAGGAGCCCGGAGCUGCGAGAGGACCUCAUUGAAGAUUUCCAGCAGCUGGCUCUGGAGAUGGGCAUCCCCACAGACUCCAUCUUCAUUCUGGCCAACAGAGGUGAAUGCAUCCCCCAGGAGACCCCUGUUGCCCCACGAUCAAUUCCUGGAGAGGUGCUGGGAGCACCGAGGAGGGGGGGGGGGGGGGCUGCGUCGGGCAUCCCCCUGCCCCGCAUCCCCAUUUGCCUGUAACCUCCGGUGCGGUGCUGGCCCGCAGACUCGUGCCGGCUGAGCCAGGACCCCUGGCUCUGCAGCGGGAUGCUCUCCCGCUUCUUCUACAACUCCUCCUCCAUGGCCUGCGAAACCUUCCUCUACGGUGGCUGUCUGGGCAACGGCAACAACUUCUACUCGGAGAAGGAGUGCCUGCAGGCGUGCCGGACGGAGGCUGCCUGCAGGCUGCCUAUCCUCCAGGGCCCCUGCCAGAAGCCAGUGACGCGCUGGGCCUUCGACGCGGCUCAGGGCAAGUGCAUCACGUUCAGCUACGGAGGCUGCAAGGGCAAUGGGAACCAGUUCUACUCGGAGAAGGAGUGCAAGGAGUAUUGCGGGGCUCCUACGCUGGCAGAGGACGAGGAGUUUCUGCGUCUGUCAAACUGA